AUGACGGCAGAUUUUGAUAUUGGGAACGGGGACAGGGAUGGAGGCGACCCAUCUGUCUUCGAGAUGCAAAUUGAGAGGAAACUUGAUGGCGAGUUUCAAGUCACCAAUGGCUACGGACCGCUCGCACCAAAAGUUAUGAAGGAGCACUGGAACACAUUCAUAACGGAGGAUGAUUUCAAGUUCAUGUCAAGCAAUGGAAUCAACACCGUUAGAAUUCCGGUGGGGUGGUGGAUCGCCAGCGAUCCAAAUCCGCCGCCGCCGUACGUCGGCGGAUCGCUGCAAGUAUUAGACAAAGCCUUCUCUUGGGCUCAAAAAUACGAGAUGAAGGUGAUUGUGGAUCUACAUGCAGCACCGGGCUCCCAAACUGCUACCACGGUGAGCUCUUCGAGAGACGGAUUCAUGGAGUGGGGGCAAACGGAGAAGAACAUCGAAGACACAGUCGCCAUUAUCGACUUCUUGACAGCCAGAUACGCGAAGCACCCGAGCCUCUACGCGGUGGAGCUGCUGAACGAGCCGCUGCUGCCGGCGGUGCCAUUGGAGACCUUGCUCAGGUACUACCGCGCCGGUUACGAGGCGGUGAGAAGGCACUCUUCCGAGGCUUAUGUGUUGUUUUCGAACCGGCUAGGGUUUGAUCCGUCGAAUCCAAUAGAGCUCCUCCCUCUCGCCACCGAGCUCCGAGGAUCGGUGAUCGAUGUCCAUUACUACCACUGCUUCAUGGGCAUCUUCAAGAACAUGACUCUCCAACAAAAUAUCGACUUCCUCUACGCAAACUCUUCUGUGGAGCUGAAUCAACUCACCGAGUCAGGCGCUCUUGUUUUCGUUGGGGAGUGGGCAACUGAGUGGGCAACAGGCAAUUUUCAGAACCCUAAUGGCACCACAGCAACAAAGGAGGAGUACCAGAGAUUUGGCAAGGCUGAAUUGGAAGUGUAUGGGAGAGCAUCAUUUGGAUGGGCUUACUGGGCUCUCAGAUCUGCUCACCCACAUUUUAGUUUGGAGUGGAUGAUCAACAAUGGUUAUGUGAAACUAACUUAGCCACAGUUCUGAGUUGACAUUGCAACCAAGUGAGCUGUUUAAUUAUUCUGCAGUUAUGUUGUGAUCCCACAUGAAAAUCCUUUUUUUUUUUUUUAACUUUUCAGAUUUACAUUUUUAAUUUGCCGUUGUAGAUGUUGUUAUAUAAAAAUGUUAAAAUUUUUGACUGAAGAUUAUUAAGAGUGGUAGCAUAAGUGGCAUAAGAGAUGAGGAAAGAUUAUGGGCUCAAGUCCCCUUGUGAUAGCCACUCUUUCCAUUUGUUAUGUUGGCUAGUCAUGUAUUAGGAGCUUA